GUGUGUUUCACACACAUGAUUAUAUCACAGAGGAAGGAUGACUUCAAAAAGUAUUGUGUAGGUUGAGAUAACAAUUAGAUGACACAAUUUGAUGUUUCGGACUUUGCAAUGAUUGCAAAUGAUCAGGUAGCGGAUGCUUUUCAACAUGUGUAUUGUCUUCCUCGCAGGCUUUAUUUCCCCGUGGCUCUCAGAUAAGCCCAUGUGUGAUGACUCUGGCACUUUGCUUUGUGUUGCUGAGUGUGCAGGCCCCAUGUCCAUCGGGCCCCAGGUUCUGUAGUCAGCAGGCGUUAAGGGUCUAUCUUUUUGGGACAGGUGAAGCCUUUGUUCUCAGAAUGAUGCACUUCGUGUUUCAAAGUGUGUCACUUUUUUUAUCAUCACAAAGUUCAGUCUGACAUUGGCCGCUAUCUGCACAGGACAAACAUUCCAGCCACAAGGACAUAGAACCCGAUAGAAAAACCAAACAAAGUGGUUGGUGAAACACUGUGGUGUACAUUCAUGCUGGAAUACGUUGGAACUUCUGCACACUUUAUGGAGAACACUGCUCAUCUUUACAUGGCAGUCUUGAGUAGAGCUCCUUUCCAGAAGCCUAGAUUACAGCAAGGACGCCAGGCAGGACAAUAACUCCUCCUCUACUCUCAAAUCCCCUUUUAUAAUCCUGUCAGAGAUGUGCCGGCAGCACAAGGUGUGUUGUUUGUACACCGCUCUUGUCAAGGUGCACCUUCUUUUCAGCUGCGGGAAAGUAACAUGGAAAAGUGUCUUAUUUGAGUCCUGAGUCAACACCAACUGUCCGGGCUAACAUGGUGGAUGUGGUGUUACCACACACAAUGCCAUCAGAAAGCGAGGUUCAUGUGGCCAGAUGCUUUCUCACCAAGAUUUUGCGAAGCUCAAUGAGGAAGAACCGCUUCAAAGGAAAGAAUGAUUCGAGCUCUCGGCCUCAUACCUGGCAUUCCUCCAAGCUGAAAGAGGAGGAGUCUGAGUCUCCUGGCAGAGAGUCGACCCUGGUGGCAGUGUGGCAGCCAAAAGAACCAAGGUCCAACGAGUCAUCCUUUCGAGUGGACCAGAAUAACAGGCUUCUGCUAACUGCCCAGCACAGUCCAGUGAACAGCAUGAAGAAACUUGAGCGUCCGGCUCAACCGUUCACGGCAGAUCUUUCUUCCCCAACCAAGUACACCAGCAACAUUGAGGCUCUCAGUGGUACACAAAGCAGAGGAGGCUCAUUCAACUGUUUCUCCAGUGGAUCAAGCCCUCACUUUUUAGAUCCCAGCCUGCUCAGCAGGAAGGGAACGAGUAUUGAAAACAUUUUUUUUAAGGGUUUUGGAAGUGGGGGGUCUGUUACAGGCGAGCGCCCAAACUACUUGCAGGCUCUUCACUUGGAGGGGUCAUGGUUGAAGGAGCGGAACUCAUCUCGAAAGUCAGGUGAGCUUCGGCCUAGCACUGGACCCCUGUGGCAGGUACCGGAAAAGAAGCCCCAGUCUUCCCCUCCCUCAUUACCCAAUGACAGUUUUGCCUCCACAAAGGUGUUCCCUUAUUUUGAGGGGCCUGUUAGAGAUCGAAAGAAUCAUGAGAGGUCGGGUGAAAAGCUCACUGAGAGUAACAAAUCCCACAUGGAAAAAGAGUUUAGACGCAGCUUCACCCCACUGUCUGACAGGGAGUUAGUCCAUCUCAGUCACAGCCAACCACGCCCAAGCAAACAUUUCUCCUUGUCCAGCACUGAUAUUAGACCGUCUCAUUACAAUAACACACCUGACCACUAUAGUGAUGAGCGUCCAGCAUGCUUAGCUCCUCCCACCAAUAUUCAAAGCAUUGGAAGUUACUAUCGCAGUCUACAGGAUCUGCCGAUGAAGGAGUCUGGCUGUAAAGAGGUCUGGCGCUCCUCAGUGUCCAUUGCUACUACAAACCCGAAAAUAGAAAACAGUGAACGCAACAUGUACUCCAGCUUGGUAAACAAGAACACAAAGCCCCACACGCCAUACAAGGAAAAUAAAAAUAGUUGCGCUCUAAGAAAUGUUCUCCUUGACCAUCAAAGUUCUGGACGCUCUCACUGCCAUGCUGUAAAGAAAACUGGAGGGCAGACAAUUUUAGCAGCUCAUCAAAAAAAUAAGCAUAUCAGCCUCUUUAGACUCCACGGCCCCUGGGUGCCUCAAGAAGACCACAGAAUAUCCCCUUUGAGGACUCCAUUGCUUCACUCUCUGGCAAAGGAGAGUAGAAUUCAGCAAACAGUGAGGCUCACAAGUAUUGUGUCACCCCAGGAUGUCUACGACUCCAUGGUCACCAGCGGUGGUAAAGUCAGUCGGCGCAGUGACCGCUACGCCACCGCCCUACAAAGUGAUGUAAGGGAGAAGCGAGCUCAGCUCCAAAAAAGCUGUAGUGCCGCAGCAUUGACUUGCAAUGUUGAUGAUGCGGACCUGGCGGAGUGGAAAUCCACAGAGAAUCUUACAUCAUGUAGUAUCUCUUCCUCAAACACAUACAAAGAACAUCUGAAAGAGGCGCAGGCCAGGGUUCUUAAGGCGACCUCCUUCCAGAGACGUGAUCUAGACCCCCUUGGAGUAGAGGGACCAGCCACCAAAAGCGCCAAUGGUCGGGUGAGAGGGUAUAAGCGCCUUCCUUUGAACAAGCGGACGUAUUCCUUCUCAGAACCAGACAAGAUAGACAAGCUAGGGAUGGACAGAGAACAUCUGGUUUCAUCAUUUGACCAAAUGAAGUCGUUAGAGGCCAAGCCUACAUUUUCUAAGCCAGUUAAGCCAGUGUCAAAGUCUAGCACAGAUCUAAACACUUGUGAAGGCAACACAAUUGAAACCAAGAACAAAACUUUAGCAGGAGAGGCUCAGGAGAUUGAUUUGUCAGCGGAGGUCAGUCGCCUUUACCCCCCAUGGGAGGAGGUCCAACAGGACCAACAAAGACUUGGAACCUUCGCAGAGUACCAGGCCUCAUGGAGCAAACCGAAGAAGACAUCUGAGGCCAAGAUUAAAGGCAGGUAUUACUCGGCAGAGAACAUCUUGGAUUCUGAAGCUGAGGCUGUGUGCUUCCACGAGAGAUCCAGAUCUUCUCCUUCUGCAGACUUCCAUACUCAGAAUAGUCCGUCCCUGUUGAGAAAUCCCCAAUCCAAGCAAAGGAAUGGCGGAAACCAGGGCCCGGUUCCAGGCACACCUGACUACCAGACCAGCCACGACCCCGCCUAUAUUGCGGCCUCCUCCUGCCCUGGUAGCCUGGGUCCACCUCUCGACUCCCAGCACCCAGAAAAACACCCACAAGCCAAUGGGGUGACACCAUCCAAGUCACAUUUAGGCCUGGAAACAGCAUCCCCAUUUUUGCUCUCAGCUGGGGCUUUGGAAAACCAAGCAAUGGUCUUGGGCACCCAGCAGAAUGCCUCUACUGAGAGAGCGACCCCUGCUGACCAUCUCCACUUCUGCAGGAUGCCUGAAUUUAAAAGGAAUAAGGAAGAAGCGGUGAAAAACAAGAAGUCAGCAUCGUCCACCUCAUUGUCUCUCCUUGCAGAAAAUCAAGCUCAGAUUCAGAUUCCCUCGCCACAGUUUGCCCCCUUGAGGCCGACAGAGAAACAGCCGACUGUGUCCAUGCAGGAGGACUCAAGUCUCAGGUCUGAAAAUGACUCCAAGCCACCAGACCUUCAGAUUGUCCAAAACGAAAAUAGCACCGAUGUAUCUUGCCAGGGGACAAUAGUCCUUUCGUCAGACAUGCGCUGGUCUCCUAGCAGCAACACCUUUGGCAUCUUCAAGCAGCCCGCUGAUGCCAUCCCCCUGCAAGAGAUGCCACCUGCCUCACCUUCUGUCUGCAGUCAACAGCCGACUGAGGACUUGGGACAAGGCUCUAACCGAGGCAACAUUCUUGAGUUAGGCCUAACGGGGGAAGAGGCCAAGAGAGAUCAGCUGGUGAAGGACAUCAUGGGCAAAGACAAAUCCCUGGUGGAGAUCUUGGAUCACAGUGGAAGGAAGACCACUAUGGAUCUGAUGGAAGGAAUAUUUCCCUCAGAUGAGCAGAUCUUGCAGCGCAGAAGAACCUCCAAUGGUUCCAGGCUACCCAUCACAAGCAGGAGGGAGGAAGACGACGUUUCUGCGGCAAGUUCCCUGGUACCCAGCUCCUCCUACUACAACACGUCAGCUCCAAAGGCGGAGCUUCUUAUCAAGAUGAAGGACAUGCAGGAACAACUGCAGGAGUCUGAAGAUGAGCUGGACGUGGACCUGGCGAGUAAAAAGCACAAGCUGAUUUCCAGCUUGGCAAAAAAGCUGGAGGUGCUUCGAGAAGCACGCCACAGCCUGCAGGAGGAUGUAGAAGACAACGAGGCUUUGGGCCUUCAGGUAGAGACCACCGUGCAGCGUCUCUGCUUGCCCAACCAGCUCGACAAGUUCCGGAUGUUUGUGGGUGACCUGGACAAGGUCGUGAGCUUGCUGCUGUCGCUGUCGGGUCGUCUCGCCCGGGUGGAGAACGCUCUGAACAGCCUGGAAGAUGAAGCGCCCCCCGAGGAAAAGCGCACCCUGGCCGAGAAGCGCAAAGUGCUGAUACGUCAGCAUGAGGAUGCAAAGGAACUGAAGGAGAACCUCGAUCGCCGGGAGCGUCUGGUCUCCGCCAUCAUGGAGGACCACUUGGACACGGCACACCUGGAUGACUAUCGCCAUUUUGUAAAGAUGAAAUCUGCUCUCAUCAUCGAGCAGCGCAAGCUAGAAGACAAGAUCAAGCUGGGCGAGGAGCAGCUCAAGUGCCUGCUGGACAGUCUUCCACUGGAGCAGAGGCCGUGGCUCUGAUACCUUCCUUGGCCCGAGUCGGGAAACAAACACUCCACGGGCAUCUGGACUGGUGACACUGGCACGGCCUCGAAAUGUUUUUUUGCAAGAGCAGAUAGAAACAAAAAACUGGUGGAUUGUGUUCAAACAACACGGGCUCUCGACAUGAGAAAAACAUUCUUCAAAUGAUCUGACUUUGGAACUUGGCUAUCUUUAGUCCUUCUUCACCAGUUGGUUCUAAGUUCAGGGUAAUUUAUUCAAAACCGGCUGGUGACGGACAUAAAGAGGAGUGGUAUAUGUGUGCUAUCCAACAAUAGGAGAAGAAGAAUGCAGAUUUACAACAUUGACAUUUUCGGAGUCACAUUGACAAAGUCCUAUAGGGGGAACUAGGGUUGUACGCUAUACUGGUGCUAGUAUAGUAUUGCAGUACUAAUGAAUCAAAAUGGUAAUAUACUUUGGUUGAAAAGUACCGUUUCUCCAUUUAUUGAUUUAUUUAAUGGGCAUGACGGCGCGUCACGUAAUGACGUUGCUGGUUUUACGAGCAGAGGAGCAUGUUGGGCAGUGCACACACACAGAGUACUUACAAGCAGAAACUGAGUGUAGACAGAAAAGGGAGAACGGACGCAUUUUGGCUUGAAAAGUAAAGAUAAAGGUGAAGUUAUAACAUUAAAAAACUUCAUGAAGAGGUGCUUCAAGACAUGGCUAGCUAGCUAGCAACUAACAUCCAUCCGCAGUCGGCAGUGUUUUAGCUACUUCUAAAUCAUUAAUCCGCACUUCCAUGGCGACAAAUAAAGUACGUUUCUUAUACCAUUAUCACUGGAGGACGAGGAAUAGCUAAACAUGCAUCAUACAAUAGCUAAAUGCUAACAGCUAGCUAGCACCCCAGAAUGUAAACAAAUGCCAUUGGUGGAUCUAAGCCUAACAUCCACUGUAAUGAUACCAAGUGUACCUAGUUGAUUCUACUAUAAUUACAUCGAAAUUUUUUAUCAUCACAAAAUCUUUUUUUCCCUUUCUUUUAAAUGUAUAUUAUGUUUAUAAACUCAAGAACUAUGUCCCUGGACACAUGAGGACUUUGAACAUGACCAAUGUAUGAUCCUUCAACUACUUGGUAUCGGUUGGAUACCUAAAGUUAUGGUAUCAUCCAAAACUAAUGUAAAGUAUCCAAACAAGAGAAGAAUACGUGAUUAUUGCAUUUUAACAGAAGUGUAGAUAGAACAAGUUAAAAGAGAAAAUAAGCAGAUAUUAACAGUAAAUGAACAAUUAGAUUAAAAAUCCAUUUUUACAGUUUGUCCCUCAUAAUGUGUACAAAAGAAUAGGUGUAUAAAUGACACAAUAUGUUACUGCAUAUGUCAGCAGACUAAUUAGGAGUCUGUUUAAUUGUUUACUUACUACUACCCCCAGGGCAGCUGUGGCUACUGAUGUAGCUUACCACCACCAGGUGUGAAUGAAUGUUGAGUCCCACUUCUCUGUGCGCGCUUUGAGUGUCUAGAAAAGCACAAUACAAAUCCAAGUUAUUAUUAUUAUUAUUACUAAAAGACAAGUUGUCUAGUAUGUUCAACAUUUUAUUUAAGGACUAAAUUGCAAUAAUAAACACAUGUUUCCUGUACCCUAAGAUGUUUUGUUAAAAUAAAGCCCACAAUGCCA